GUAACAAGAAAUUCUAUGAGAGAGAGAGAGGGUGGGGGGACACACACUAAGGAGUCACUGCGAAGACCACACUAAGUCAACUGCCAUGUACUAUCAACAUCUUGGUGAAGGAUGCAUUCCUGCAUAAUUAAGACGCCCGUUUUUCUCUAAAAAAAAAGCUGAUUAUUAGUUACAAACAUAAGCUCUUAGGGUGGUAGCAGCUAUGGACAGCAGCCCACCUUUUCCGAGUGAGAACACAGGAGGAAACAAGGUUGCAGCUGUAGUCCUUGCCUUAGUAAUUAUACCAGUGAUCGUCGUCGUCUCCUGCUACUGUGCCAAGAAGACGAGGGAGGCCAUAGUGUCGGAGCUAAAGGCCGUAGUUGCCCCGCAGCUCCCAUCAAGCAUCCAAGUUUGGGAGGUCGACGCUCCCACCAUGGAGAGGUUCUUCCUCGAACUGGCUCGAGACCAGCCCGUUCGUUUCACUGCUCAACAGAUGUUCACCUUCACCGACAACUACUCCACGGUGUUAGGCUGCGGGGGCUUCGGCAAGGUGUACAAGGGGCAGUUCCCCAACGGCGUCAAGAUCGCCGUCAAAGUCCUCAACCGGGGCGGAAACAGCAGCGUCGAGGAGCAGUUCAUGGCUGAGGUGGGAACGAUUGGGAGGACUCAUCAUAUAAAUCUGGUGAAGUUGUACGGAUUCUGUUACGACCAGUUCAUGAGCGCCCUCGUUUACGAGUUCAUGGAGAAGGGAUCGCUAGACAAGCAUUUGUUCAGCGAAGCUCGAGAACUGGAGUGGGAGAAACUGCAUGAGAUUGCGAUUGGGACGGCCAAGGGGAUCGCCUACUUGCACGAGGAGUGCCAGCAGAGGAUCAUUCAUUACGACAUAAAGCCAGGGAAUGUGCUUCUCGACUCGAAUUUCAACCCUAAGGUUGCAGAUUUCGGCCUAGCUAAGCUCUGCAACAGGGACGACACGCAUGUGAGUGUCACCGGGUAUAGAGGCACGCUAGGGUACCUAGCCCCUGAGUUUAUGCUGAAGAAUUUCCCCAUAACCUACAAAUGCGAUGUGUACAGCUUCGGAAUUCUUUUAUUCGAGAUAGUUGGAAGGAGGAGAAAUGCAAGAGGCGGAGGAGAUGCGGAGAGUCUCGACUGGUUCCCCAAGAACGUCUGGGAAGAGUACGACAAGGGUGAGCUGAUGGCAUUGGUGGAAUCUUGUGAGAUUGAGGAGAAAGAUAGGAUCAAAGCUGAGAGAACGGCUAAGGUGGCGUUGUGGUGCGUCCAAGACUCACCAGAGGGCAGACCACCGAUGAGUGCUGUGGUGAAGAUGCUCGAAGGAGGAGUGGAAGUCAUGCCACCACCUAAACCGUUCCACUACCUGUUCUCAGUCGGGACCGAUGUGCUCAAACGACCAACUGGCUCUGGGAGCGCAUCUGAAUAUUCAACAAGUGAUACGGCAAACUCAUAUUGGUACAAGGAGACCACCACUCCUACCAUGUCCAAGUACGAAAUACAAGUUGCCUCUUCAUAGUAACACUCCAUCUGUUUUGCUGAAGAAAGAGCAUAUAUAUGAACAACUAGGUUAUAUAGAUCAGUAUAUAAGCAAAGGGCUGUGAUAUACCUAUAGAGAUUUUGUAUCUGGUUAUGGACUACUUAUUUCCACUACAGUUGUUCACUUUCAAGCAAUCUACAUCAAUCUAUGAGAAUGCAUCAAAGAGCAAGUAGUCAAGUAGAGAUAAUGCUAUUGUUUCCAAGAAAAAUAGUUCUUUGUUGAAGAAUAUUUUGUAUUUAGUUUUCCGUUUUUAUGUUGUAGCCCUAGUUUUCCCCUAUAUAUAUGUGGAAGGUCUCUUGUAUUUUACACACUGAACAUAAUGAACUAUUCUUCCACUCCUA